AUGUUAGCCAAGUGUCAAAUUGUACCUGCACUUGCAUCAGCUGUUCAUGGUGUUAUUGAAGAUCUUCCACAUAUACCUGAAUCUCCAUCACCACAAUUAAAUCGUAGUCGAUUUACAUCAUCAACACCAUCGACAACAUCUCCAAAUUUAAUCAAUAGUGAUGUACGUUCAACAAAUAAUUAUUACAAUCAACUAUCAUCAUCAAAUCCAUUAACAGCAUCAUCAAUGAAUUCACGAACAACAUCACAACUUGAUCCACGAAAAGCAUUUGCUUAUUUCGAUAAAAAUGGUGAUGGCAAAUUAAGUAUUAAAGAAUUUAAAUCAGUUAUGCAUGAUUUGGGUUAUAAAACAGUUGAUAAACGAUUUAUAAAGCAAAUGUUUGCUGAAGCUAAUCGUAAUGGUAAUGGACGUUCAUUAGGUCAUGAUGAAUUUGUUGAAUUUUUGGAAUCAAAAUUAGCUUUACAAACUCCAACUGCAAAAUCAUUACCAACAACACCAUUCAAUAAUAAUACAUCAUUUUCACUUGAAUCUAAUUCUUCUUAUACAACAAAAAUGCAACUUGAUGUCGAGACAUUAUUUAAUUGUUAUGAUCUUGAUAAAAAUGGUUUUAUUGAACCAAAAGAAUUACGUAAAGUAAUGAAACGUUUAACUGGAGAAAAAUUAUCUAAACAAGAUAUUGAAGAAAUGAUAAGUGUGGCGGAUAAAAAUGGUGAUGGACUAUUAGAUAAGAGUGAAUUUGCACUCUUAUGCAGCGCUUUUUAA